AUGGGCACAGAAAACAGAACCUAUCUCACUGAGUUCAUCCUGCUGGGGCUCUCUUCAGAUCAACAUACCCAGGUGCUGCUGUUUGUGCUCUUUCUCAUCGUUAACCUGCUCACUGUGCUCGGGAAUCUGCUCAUCAUGAUGCUGCUCCAACUUGACUCUCGACUUCAUACACCCAUGUACUUUUUCCUUAAAAAUCUGUCACUUGUUGAUCUCUGUUUCUCUACGGUGAUUGUUCACCAGAUGCUAUUCCAUUUGUUGGCCAAGAAAAAAGCAAUUUCCUUUACUAGAUGCUCAAUGCAGAUGGCUUUUUUCCUUUUGGUUGGAUGUACAGAGAGUUCACUCCUAGCAGUGAUGUCCUAUGACCGCUACAUAGCUAUCUGCAAGCCCCUGCACUACUCCACCCUCAUGACCCAGAGGAUUUGUUUCCAGCUUGUCCUUGGGUCCUGGGCCUGUGGAGCACUGGUGUCUGUAGUAGACAGCACCUUUACUUUAUAUCUCCCCUAUAUGGACCAGAAUGUAAUUAAUCAUUAUUUUUGUGAACCUCCUGCCCUACUGAAGCUGGCUUCAGAAGAAACCUACACUGCUGAGCUGGCCAUCUUUGCCAUGGGUGUGCUAAUCCUCCUCGGUCCUGUGUCCCUCAUCCUCUUCUCCUACUGGAACGUUAUUUCCACGGUAGUGUGGAUGAAGUCAGGGGAGGGGAGGCUCAAGGUCUUUUCUACCUGUGGUCCUCAUCUCAUUGUUGUUGUCUUGAUCUAUAGCUCAACAAUAUAUACCUAUAUGCAACCUAACACCAAGAAAAAAAAUAAAUGGGAUAAGAUGGUCUCUGUGUUCUACUCAGUGAUAACAUCCAUGCUAAACCCGUUCAUUUACAGUCUACGGAACAAGGAUGUGAAGGAGGCAUUUAAGAAAGUAUUUGGAAGAUAG